UCUUUACGCAGUAUUUUGAAAUCCUGAACCCAAUAUUAUUGGAAGAUCUAUAUACCCAAUUACAUUGGUGUGUGCAGCAAGACAAUGAACAAUUAGCACGCUCAGGCACCAACUGCCUGGAAAACCUUGUGAUAAGCAAUGGUCCCAAGCUGAGCUCUGCAACAUGGGACAAGACCUGCCAGUGCCUCCUGGAUAUCUUCCACUCGACUCUGCCCCAUGCCCUCCUCUCUUGGAGACCCCCUGAACAUAGUCCUCCACACCAGCAGGCUGGUGUUCCAUCCAGUGGAGAUUCUAGAGCUUUUGCUGGCCUCCUGAUCCGAUGUGUGGUUCAGCUGGAACUUAUCCAGUGCAUUGACAACAUAGUCUUCUUUCCAGCCACUAGUAAAAAAGAAGACCAGGAAAAUCUAGCACUGGCACAGGCUGGUGACACGGUUCUACCAUUGACAAGAGAACAAAGAGAAGACCAAGGAAUGUAUCGUCAUCUCAUGUCAAGUCAGCUCUUCACACUCCUUGACUGUCUUAUGGCAUCUCACUCCUUUGCAAAAUCCUUUAAUUCAAAUCAUGAACAAAGAAACCUCUUGUGGAAAGCAGGAUUUAAGGGCAGUGUGAAACCAAACCUCUUGAAGCAAGAGACUCAGUCUUUAGCAUGCGCCUUAAGGAUACUAUUCCGCAUGCUCGGAGAUCCGUCCAGAGAGGAGGAAUGGCCUCAGGUGCAAGAACGUUUAAUCUCAGUGUGUAGGUCAGGGUUGGAGUACUUCCUCUCCCUCCCAGAGUCUCAUCGUGAAGCCUGGACAAGUUUAAUUCUUCUAUUCCUCACAAAUAUACACAAAAUGUCUGAUGAGCAGUUUGCCGCUCAUGCCUCCAACUAUUACCCAUUUUUGUGUGAAAUUAUGUGUUUCAACCUCAAACCGGAACUGCGAGCUGUUCUUCGUCGCUUCUUCCUCCGUAUUGGUUUAGUGUUCAACAUUACACAUCCAAGCAUUCGUCACCACACCUCGUCCACUUCUUCUUUGCCACCUGGAACACACCCUAGAGAACGCCUCCCAAGUGAACAGUGAGAGAAAGAAUUGUGAAGGAUGAGGAUGAGGAGGACUUGAA